AUGAGAACAUACAACACUGAAACCUCACUAUUGGAUGAACUGAUCGACCGUGUCUCCUCGUGGCCGAAGCUACUUCGUAUUCUCGCCUACGUUCUCAAGUUCAUCCGACGCACUCGCAGAAAAUCCAACACCGCUACGCUGACACUUGAGGAGAUCCAUGACGCACGGAUCCUGUACCUGCGCCAUGCCCAAGACGAAUUCCAAGCUGACUACAAGCGACUCCUCAACCAGCAAGAUUUGGGAAACAAAUCAAAAUUGCGCACCCUCUCACCGCAAAUCGACAAACAUGGACUCCUGCGAGUGGGUGGCCGCUUAGGUAACUCAGAACUGCCAGCGGAUGUGCAGCAUCCAAUAAUUAUGCCCAAAUCUCAUCGCAUAACGAAACUCAUUCUGGAACAUGAGCACCGGAUUCACUUACAUCCUGGAGUAUCGGCGUUAUUCGUGAUCGCACGCCAACGCUACUGGGUGUUUGGCGCACGCAACCUCAUUCGAAAGAUCACGCAUGACUGUCUAAAAUGCUUUAGACAACGGCAACACACAUCUCACCAAUUCAUGUCAGAUCUGCCGUCUGUCCGGGUUCGGCAGGCAUUUCCGGUUGCAAACACUGGCUGCGACUACGCCGGGCCAAUCACCCUCAAGGUCCACAAGGGACGAAAUCCACGCAAGGAAAAGGGUUACAUCUGCCUAUUUGUAUGCCUAGCCACUUCUGCCUUGCAUUUGGAAUUGGCUACAGAUCUUACAACCGACACAUUCUUGGCGGCACUCAGACGAUUCAUCUCUCGCCGCGGGAAAUGCUCGCAAAUAGUCAUUGGCAAGAAUGUCCUCACCUUUGAGAAAAUGCACACACUUCUCGCCCAAACAGAAGCUGUGGUCAACUCACGUCCACUAUUCUCAACUUCGGACACUGAGGUCAACUAUCUGUCGCCAGCACAUUUCCUCAUUGGUCGUCCCUACACGACAGUACCAGAAGGCGAUCUAUCAAAUGUACCAAUCAACCGUUUGGAUUAUUGGCAACAGACUCAAGCUAUGCUGCAAGGCUUCUGGAAGCAAUGGCACAUGGAAUAUCUUACAUCACUCCAGCAUCGGCCAAAGUGGAUGAACAAAUCGGUCAACAUGGCCAAGGAUGACAUCGUGCUCCUUAAGGAUUCUCACACCCCGCCAGCAGCAUGGCCUCUCGGAAGAGUCAUCGAAACGUAUCCAGGGAAGGAUGGAAUGGUCCGCGACUGUACGACUUAG